AACAUCAUCGUAUCUGGUCGAGGGAAAGGAGGCAAAGGAUUAGGCAAAGGCGGGGCAAAGCGGCACCGCAAAGUGCUUCGCGAUAACAUCCUGGGCAAAGAUAGCUCUGCUAUAGGAUCUUUGCUGGGCAUCACCAAGCCAGCUAUCCGCCGCCUGGCUCGGCGUGGUGGGGUCAAGCGGAACUCGGGUCUAAUCUACGAGGAGACCCGCGGGGUGUUGAAGGUUUUCCUGGAGAAUGUGAUCAGGGACGCGGUCACCUACACCGAGCACGCCAAGCGCAAGACGGUCACUGCCAUGGAUGUGGUGUACGCUCUGAAACGACAAGGUCGCACUCUCUACCAAAGAUUAUAUAGGAUACGCAGAGAGUGAGAGGCGGGGAGAGGAGGAGACAAAGAGACAGACAGCUUCCUCUCAUAUUCCAGCUCCACGUCCCAGAUUCCUGAAAACAUUUUUCAAACGGUUUGCCCACAAACCAACCGAAAUUUAGCGCUCCGGCCAAACUUUCAGACAGACAUUCCGUGGUAAAAGUCAGUCAGUGAUAUUACCGCUGUCAAAUUAAUUUGUCUCCUUCCGGUUCAUCCCCGGAGCCCGUUCCCUCUGCCGAUAUCGCCCACCCCAUAGCGUUCAGC